AUGGUCGAUGGAGCAGAAGGAGAGGAGGAUCCGAAUGUGAGGUACUGGAAAACAAAGUACGAUCUGCUUCACGAGGACUACAGAAGAACGAAGGAUCGGACAGAGGAUCUCGAGAAUCGACUACUGGAAAUUAUUGAAGAAUCGGAUAGGAAGGAUCAUGAAAAAGAUGAGAAAAUUAGGCAAUUAGAGACACAAUUAGAGAAAGCGAAUGGACGAGUAGAGCAGUUGGAAGCGACUUGUUUUCGAUACAAAAAUCAACAAGGAAAAGUGACAGCUCCAACAGUCAAAAAUGACGAAAAACCAGCGGAACUCGAAGCAGAGGAAGAAGACGACGAUGAAGUAGAACAAGAACUGCAGAGAGUCUUCGUUCAGAGGACGUUAAGUGGAGGAAGUACGCGGUCCUCAAUCGACGGCAUCACCCGCUCUCCGGAAUUCCACGCUGGCCAUCACGUCAUCUGCGAGUAUCACAAGCUACCAAUUCUAUCCAAGGGAGAGGGCUUCAUCUACGGGUUUCGCUGGAAUCUAACCAACAAAAUUCAUAUCGUUUGA